UAUCAUUUGUUUAAAACAAUAAUAACAAAAGGGAAAAAGAUUAGAUACUUAUUAAACAUUAAUAUUAAUAUUCAAAUAAAAACUCAAAAAAAAAAAAAAAUAAAUAGAAAGAAGAAUAAUAGAGAAGGAGAGAAGAGUUAAUCUCAAGAGGUAGAGAAGAAGAUAGUUAUAAAUCAGAAUUAAACUCAAAAAAUAGAAAAAUAGUAAAAAACUCACAAUAAAUUAAACUAUUUCUUGAACAAUUAGUUAGAGAAAGGAACUCUAAUUUUUUCAAAAACCAUGUAGCAGCUGUAGAAGCAGCAAUCUAUCCAGAAUUAAGGGUAGAAUUACCCUCUAAUGAUGCAAUUUUAAAUAAUGUCUAAUAAUUCAACUGCAUCACAGCAGUCUUCAAAUCAAAACUCUCCAGGUUCAUCUCAGAAUCUGAAAAAUAAUUAUAAUUCUAAUGCAUACCUUAACGGGAGUAAUCAAGGAAGCAGCAGCGGGUUGAUGGGUGCGUAAAUUUCUUCAUCUGUGCAGCAAUAAUCGGUUAAUUAUUAAAAAAAUAAUAACUCUUAGUUUAAUUAAAACUUUUAAUUAGUUCCUCAUCCAAAUUCAUUUGCAGCACAAAUGGCUAAAGAAAAAAACUUUUAUUCUUUCAACAACAAGCAAACCAACAAAUGCGGAUAGAACCAAAUCAGUUAAUUUAGUUAGAAUAUUACCAAUAAUUUAAUGCAAACUAAUGACUAAUUUACUACCUACUAAUAACAACUGCAGCAGUAAAGUUAAGCUUCUUAGAAUACUUUACAUCAAUAGCAAUAACAAUAACAAUAGCAUAAUAGCAAGCAAUAAUAAUAACAAUAAUUAAAACAGUAACUCUAGAAUUAGCACAAUCAUUAAUCAGGUUCAAGUUCUACAUCAUCUUCAUCCUCAACAUCUUCCUCCUCUAAUGGUAAUUAGUAGCAGUUUAGAUACAAAACCCAUAAGUGCAGACACUUUUUAAGUGGCAACUGCACUAUGGGAGAAAAAUGCAAUUUUGCUCAUAGUGAUAAAGAAUUGAGGGAUCCAUAAGACCCACUCCCUCCUAACGUUUUAGUAGGGCAGAAGAUACAGAUCACUAAUUUUAAAACCAUAAAAUGUCGCUACUAUGACAAUGGAUAUUGUAAAAAUUCAGAGAAAUGCUCCUUUGCUCAUGGAAAUCAAGAGCUAUUAACUCCUGGUGUAACAUUAAAUAAUAUUAAUGCUUUCCCUUAAUAGAACUAAAUUUAGUUAAACGAAAUGCAAAAAGAGUAAAUGCGCAAAGAGUCUAUUGAAUAACAAAAUAAUUUAGAAUUUUUCAAGAAUAAUAUCACAGAUGUUAUUAAUGAAUUAAAGUAUGGUUUUACUUCAAACCAUAUUGUCCUUUAACAACUAGACGACGCAUAAUACUCUUUAAAUCAAGAUAAAAUAGAAAGUGCCCAUUCAAUUCUGCUUAAAAUAUUCGAAGAUCCAUAGCGCACAAUCUAGGAUAAGUAACUCAUUCUGAGUACAAUUAAGAAAUACAAUGAAUACUACAAAGGAAUAAUGGAAACAAAGUACAAGCAAGAUUAGUUAGGAUAUAAUUAGUCAAACUUUUUUUAGCAUUAUUCUUUCGAAGGAUUCUCUCUUGAUACUCAGAAUGCUUAUAUGAAUGGAAACUAACAAAGUAAUGACAACAGUCCUCCUUCAUCUAGCAAACAAAUCAGUUUAAAUGAGAAGGUAAUCUCUUAAACCUCAUAAUAGUAUAGCAGCCACAAAUCUGAGAAUUACCAUAAUUCUCUGCAUGCAAAUCAUAAGAGUAUUUCAUCAACAGGCACAAGCAAUAGUAAUUAAGGAAAUGGAAGUAGCAGUCAAGAAGCUUAAAACAGCUACAGCACUUAUAAAGACAUUUCCUCAUUCAAUUAGUGCUAAAAUGGAAGUACUACUAGCUCUAACUGCAGCAGUAAUGAUAACAGCGAUUGCGGAAGAAAAGAAAAAUCAUCAUCACCAUCUUAUAUUAACAACAUGGGUUCAAUUAAUUAAUAAGGCUUUUCUAAUAAUUUCUUAUAUCAAGAUUAUGAUUAGAAGAUUUUUAAUUAAGAUUAAAUUUCCGACUAGCAAGACUUCCAAUCUUUUAAUGAAAUUAAUUAAAUAUUCAAUAACUAUAAUAUUGAACCAACCAUUCAGCAAGCAAAAAAUGAAGGCUCAUCUGAAAAAAGACAAUCUGAAGCAGAAGCGCUUCAAAAACAGAAAUAAAUAUAAGACAUUUUUUCAGAAGAGAAUUAAAAUGCGAUCAUCUUUAAAAACACUUGGAUAGACAUAAACAACAUCGAGUGA